GGGUGGUGAAGCCUAGAAGAGAGCGGAGCGAGCGGACGCGCAGCCGGUGUCUAGGUCGACAGCACGCACGACGACGGCUUCCGAGGCCUUCGAUGGGCGACUACGACUACCUCAUCAAAUUUCUCGCCCUCGGUGAUUCUGGAGUGGGAAAGACGUCAUUUCUGCAUCGAUAUACGGACAACACCUUCACUGGCCAAUUCAUAUCCACCGUAGGAAUCGAUUUUAAGGAGAAAAAAGUGGUCUAUAAAAGCGCUCGAGGCGGUUUUGGUGGACGAGGACAACGAGUAUUGCUUCAGUUAUGGGAUACAGCCGGCCAAGAGAGAUUUCGCAGUUUGACAACAGCGUUCUUUCGCGAUGCAAUGGGUUUCAUUCUCAUAUUUGACAUUACUAAUGAACAAUCCUUCUUGAAUAUCAGAGAUUGGCUGUCACAAUUGAAGGUACAUGCCUACUGCGAAGCUCCAGACAUAAUCAUAUGCGGCAACAAAGCCGAUUUGGAGAAUAGACGACAAGUCAGUACAGCACGUGCAAAGCAGUUGGCCGAUCAAUUAGGGUUACCGUACUUUGAGACAUCUGCGUGCACAUCGACGAAUGUCGAGCGAGCCGUGGAUUGUUUGCUUGAUCUCGUUAUGCAGCGAAUACAGCAAAGUGUUGAAACGUCUGGUCUUCCUCUUUCCGAUUGCCGAGGAGUUAGUCUCGACGCCGAUAUGCCGACAUCGUCAUCUUACUGUGCAAAUUGUUAAUUACAAUUUAUGCUGAGUUUUAUUCACAUUCUCGUUUCCGGUGUGUCGUGCCUAUACAUAUUCUACAAGCUUUUCUUUCCAUUUCACUAAUAACUGCUAGGCUUUCAAGAUGGAUAAGUAGUCCCAAGUCUAGUUGCUGUUUGCUUUAACAUCAGUUACCAGUCAGUACUUAACAUAUUCCAAUGAUCUGACCAAAGAUCUGUCCAUUUCUGUGUAUUCUCGCUAGUUUUAUUUGAUUUGAACAAUGAAUAACACGCUACAUAUCAUUAGUUUCUUUUAUGGUCUUUCGCGCUGCCGCUACACCCUGCAUUCCAUGCUGUUCCAUAUGAGUUUCAGUUGAAGACCGUGAUUUUCCCAGAAUCAAAUAAACUUCAUUUACAUCCUUGACUUUUGAAAUAGUGGUUAAUCUUUUCGUUUUCA